UUUGUUGUAUGGGGGAGAAAAAAUAUCCGCCCUUUUCCCUAGGAUCUCCCAGAAUUCUUUCGAUAUCUCUCUUCUUACAAUGUAUUUUGAAGAGAAAUACCGCCCCUGUAGAGGUUUUAGUGUACUCUGGAGACGUUUUGUUGGAAUGAUUCCGCCUCUUUGCUGUGGGGAAUCUUAUCGAUUAUUUUGUUUUUCCUGAGGGUGGUUUUUUUUUGCUCCUCUUUGGAAUAACAUCCGCAGUAGUUGUGGUGUAUUAUGGUUUAAACUGAUGGAAAGUAGCAGGGAGGGAUGUGUUGCUAUCCGUCGAUUGUUCAAAAAUGCGUCUAGCUUUAAAAAAGCGUCAGCCAACGUCUUGUAACCGCGUAAGGUCUUACGGCAUAGAAUCGAUUCGAUCAAUAGUUUCUUUCCAUCUCCAGCAGCAGCACACACACAGCUCGACCGUAACAAUAACGAUGCUGCUGCUCUCCAUCCCAUGUAGUACUCGGUUAAGGGAAGAUAGGAGGACCCUCUUUGUUCCGGAUGGCGGGCUUCCAGAGCGUCAUAUACACACCCCCCAAAUGUGUGUAAACCUACCCCAAAAAACUGGUUAUGUUGGGCAAGUUACGUGUGUUAUGGAGGGAGGGUUUAGGUCGUGACGCAACACUCACAUACAUAUCUCUCUCGACCCUCUGAAUGGGCCUAUAGGCUUAAAAAAUAUUCGGUUGUCCCACAUGACCGGAUUUCCUUUCAAAUAUUUUGAUAGGCAAAUUCUGAUGGGAAGUGAGAAAACGCGUUGGCCUGUAAAUGAAUUCAAUCAAACAAGAUGCGGAAGGACAAUGUGUGUGAGAUGGCCUUAUAUAUCGGACAAUGUGUGCGCACAUUGGGAAGGGUGCGCCUCCUCAACCAUCUGCCACCACCGUCUAAUAGAGGGUGGGGGAGAUCGCGUUUCUGGGUCGUGAUCCACUCGAACCGUUUUGGGUCGAAUUUCUUUUUACUAUACGCCGCGAGUUGUGUGUUUGUGUGUUUUUCUACGAUUUUGUUUGGAAUCAUUUCUCAAGGGUUGAGUCGUUUUCAUGUGUCAACUCAUUAACAACAAAGUUCACUUUCUCGAAUUCUCGAAAUGCAAUGAAAUGUUAUAUAGGUGGCGGGUUUUUUGGAGGGAUCAAGAAACUCUCUCUCGCGCUCUGCGCGCGUGGUCCUUUGUGUUGGGAGGCUCUUCUUUGCGCCCGAGGGCGGACCUGACUUUUCACGUGCUUCUUUUUCCCGAACGAAACAAGAAGAAAAACUCUCUAUCGUUCGCUGAUGGAAAUACAAACCAGGAAAGAAGGGCUCACGAACAACGGAUUUUUUCCUUUUUCAAUAAUUUUUCAACACACAGGAGGAAACUGAGCUCUGCCAUUGGUUGGCACGGACACGUCACCUGAAACGCCAUCAGCGCCUCUAUCGGUCGUGGCCUUCCCUUCCAACACCCCAUUCCCUGAUCUCCGGGAAAAUAAUAACAACGCAAUUUCUUCAUGUUGCAAAAUUGUUGCCAUGGUCCGAAAACUUUCCGUGCCAUUUAUUUUUUGACAAGCCGAGUUUCUAUAUGGCUUUCUAUUUUAGAAACGUGUCGCCAAUUUUUCGGGGGAGUAACGAAUUGUUAAUCCUUUUCUCUUUUUUUUGCUCGGUUGGGUAGCCGGUUGCUAGAUGGCCGUGAAAUUAGUCAGGAAUCUUUUUCUGGUGUAGAAAUCUACUUGACGUAUUUUGCAAAGUAUACGUCGAUAUCGAUGUUGCUCAAUGAAACGGAAAUGGAAAAAAAAGUACGCGAUUAGCCUAAUUGAAUUGCCAAAGAAUCGUCGGUCGAUCCGGCAGUCCCUACCAGCGUAGUAACUACACACAACAAAGGCCUUGAGAAAUCGAUAGAAAGAUGGCGCUGGCUUCGCUAGACGACACACAGAGGAGAAGGGGGGAGAUCCCGUUGGUUAGAGAAAGGGAGGGGUGCGUUUGUGUCUUGUAUCCGAGCGGAACGUCAACAGUCGGAGCUGGUUCGUUCUAGAGGAAGGAGCUCUCCUCGUUAUUAUAUUUAAAAACAUUUUUUAAUUCUUCUCAUUUUUCAACCCAAACAAAAAAAUUUUCCUGUCCCAUUUAUUCGAAACGAAAUUAGAAAACCAACGGGGACUUCCUCUGAUUUUUGUUGGUUGAAAUUCGAAACUUUUUUCUUUUGGGAACUCUGCACGUGCCUACGUGUGUGUGUGUGAGUGUGUGUGUGUAUGUAUGUAUGUGUGUGUGUGAAAAAUCCUGCUGAAUCGGUCCUCCCAGCAGCUCCCGACUUGGCUCGUCUCUCACAUCCUGUCCACAAAAACCAGCCAUAUUGAAGGAAAGAUAAAACAACUACAAAGUGGGGCGAGAAAACCGAAAAAGAAAUCGAGAGCUUUAUACAUGUAUGCUUGAUUUAGCUGCUGUACUAUCGAUUUGAGAAGGUUUCCUUUGUGCUAAAUAAGAACAGGAAAGUUGUUGUGUGUUUUUAUUGUGUGUGGAGUUUAGCCCGUCAUGAGCAUCGACGCGCUACUUCAAGCUGCCGAGUACCUGGAACGAAGGGAAAGAGAAGCUGAGCAUGGCUACGCUUCGUCGUUGCCCAUGCCCAUUGAAGAUUACGGGAGUAGCCCGACACCGUCCGGUUCUUCUUCGUCUUCCGCGACGACUUCUUCUACGACUCGACCCAUCAAAAUCAAGAAAAAUCAAGGAAGCCGGUCGACACACAACGAGUUGGAGAAGAACAGGCGAGCUCAGCUGAGAACUUGUUUGGAGAAACUGAAAGAUUUGGUCCCAUUAGGACCCGAAUCGGCCCGCCAUACCACGUUGGGACUGUUGACACGCGCCAAACAUUUCAUCAAGACGCUGGAAGAGCGAGACCGACGUCACCUGCAGCACAAGGAGCAGCUGAAUCGGGAGCAACGUUUCCUGCGGCGGAAGAUGGAGCAGCUGUCGCAGCAAUUUGAACAGUUGUCUUCUUCCAGCCCUGCAAAUUCGGCUGGCAAUAACAUGAAUAAACGGAGGGGCAAUUCGCUAUCCGAGUGCUCCAUUUCGACCACCAUUUCAUCGGCUUCGUCACUGACCUCAUCCGUCUCCUCCGAAACCGGUAUUGCUGCCUACUACGAUGAAGUUGACGUGAUUGGUUAUGGCAGUCACGGCAGUGAUCUGGACGAUCAAUUGAGCGUUCAAUCGGCUUCUAGCGAUUCGGGCAUCGGACUGGGAAACGUGGCCAGUAUCGGCCACUUUCCCCAUCUCUCCAUCACCGACAGCGUUUGAAUGGCGAGGAACCCAUAAAAAUAACAAAAGCGUAACUAAGAAAACAGCAAAACAUAUAUUUUCAUCUCCUUCUUUUCUCUCUCUCUCUCUCUUGUAAGCCACAUAUAGCUAACGUCCACCACCUCCAGCACUGAAAUAACUGCCAUUUCUUUUAUAUCAAAUUAGGAGAGAGAAGAAGAAAAAAAAUCAGGUUUAGGAUCGAGUUUUGUUGUUGGCCUCUAUACGCAGGAAGAAAAAAAAAAACACCGAAAAAUCCGACAGGUUAAAAAACCCAACACAAAACGGCCGUGUCGAUUUUUUCACUUUUUUGAAAUUUUUAUUUUGAAAACUAUUUUUUCCCUUAUCAUAUAUUUUUUUUUUCUUGAGAUUCUUUUGGGCUGACUGGUGAAAGACAGGAAAUGGAUGAUGUCCUAUUGACAAGACGGAAAUGCUUGUUUUUGUGGACUUUGGUUUGUUUGGGGGGUUGGUUCUUUUUUUUAAUAUUUUGGGUGAGUGGGCUUUUUUUUAGGGCAACCACGCCAUCAAAAAAUUAAAAGCAGGUCUGUCAUUUGAUUGCGUGAAUUAAAAAUAGGAAACGAAAAAAAAAAGAGAAAGGGUGAAAUUAAGAAAUAUUUUCCUCGAACCGGAAAAUGCACGUAAAUUUUAUUUUUAUUAUUAUUUUUUUUGUGCGUGGGGGAGGACUGCGAAACCUUAAAAAUCGAGCACGAGUUGUAGCGAUCUCGCUGUAUAAUAAUCCUGAACAGUAUUUUUUUUAUUAUUAUUAAUUUUUUCCCCCUUUAAAGAAAAAUAAUAAUUUUUUUCGUAUGAAAUUAAAUUGUUCAGGGCAGCCACAGCAUUUUACAAAUUAGAUUGUUUAUAUAUUUUUUAAGGUAUUUUCUAGUAUCGUUACCAAGUACAAGUCAGUACCAACACACAAGUCGCUCCCCCUCCCACGUUUUUUUGUAAUUAACAUUAUAUUUCAAAGCAAAAAUCCCACCUAAAGUUUGUCAACAAUUUUCGUUUCUAUUUACCCCCUUUUCUUUUGUUGGGAAUUGUGUGGUUUCCUUUCCCCGUCCUCCAUAUCCCCCUUCCCCGAAACGUCCAUCUUUUUCCAAUUGUUGGGGUGGGUCAUUUGGGACUACAUAAUUAUUCAAUAAUUUUUUUUUUUCUAAAUCAACAAAAUUUAAUGAGGUUGAUGCAAACCCGUGAUGUGCGAACCUGGUGAGCAGACAAUAUUUUUUUAAUUAUUAUUUUUUUUCCCCAAUUCGAUCAGAAACCCCUGAAAAAAAUUAAUAUUAUUUUCUUUACAAAGGUACUGGGAACUUAAGUAAAACAAAAAGACGAUGAAAUUAGAUGUAUUGUUGAGAGAAAUUCUUCCAAGUUAGAGAGAGGUGUGUCCUGUUAAUACCCCUCGUCGACAAAAGAAAAAUGUUCCAGAUCUUUAAAUGAAUUAAUCUGUUUUAAUUUUUCUCUCUCUCUCUCCCCUAAUUUUUCAAGCAAUUGAAAUUCACGAGAGGGAAAACGUAACCAAUGGACAAAGCCAGUGAAUAAGUUGAGCCGCUAAUAUUCAUGCAGAGAAAAAAAAGACAAAAUUAGAAGUAGAGAAAAAAACGAAUAUUUGAAAAAUCCCGCAGUAUCGGGAGCAAAAAUCCUUCAAAAAAAAUCCGUAAUCAAGGUCCUAACCUUGUUGAAUGUGUACAGAGUGCGUAUUUGGAGAAAUGAUCGUUAAUUAAAAAAAUAAUAAUUCCCCCCCCCCUCUUAUUUUUGUUUUGUUGUCAAUGCGCUCGAGACCCAGGCGGAUAAAGAAGGAAGAGAGAUGGGAAACUAAAAUUGAGUUAAUAGCAUCAAGUACAUUAUCAAAACUGUAUUCGAUUUCUUAUUAGGCCAUUUUAGAAAGAAGACUAUAUAAUCCCUCCUCUUGUCGUUCACACACUUCCUUUCUCUUCCUCCACACUUGUUUAUAUAAUUCUGCAAAGGAAAAAUUAACUUUUAUUCGACUAUUUACCACUUGGAAAAACCAACAAAAGAGACAAAAAAAAAAUAAGAGAAAAUUCCUCCGUUCAAACUUUCAUCUUUUUGUGGCUUUUCCCCUUUCUCUCUCACCUUUUUCAUUCGAUCAACAUCUUUUCACCCCGCAGCAAUAGCUCGAUGAUGUACAUUGAAUUUUGUUUAUUUUGUUUAUUAUCAUCAGUUUGCGUUGAAAAUUCAUUUGAUCAAAUUACAAAAAAGAAAAAAAGAGAGAGACUGGAAUUUAAAAAGAGAAGAAUUUUCGGCGAUUAUUGAUGCAAAACAACACACACACACAAAAACAAAACAUCCAUUGUUGUGAUUGGGAAUUAAUAAUAACAAGAGAUAAAACUUUAAAAAAAAAUAAAAUAAAAUGUCGUGAUGUCGUCGUGUAUGAUGGAAGUAAAUUGUCUGUUUCGGGCUGUGAGCCUUGUCUGUGUAUGUGAGUUUGUGUGUGUAUAUCAAUAUGGGAGGGAGAUAGAUCAAGGAUGGGGGGAACAAAUCAAUUUAAUUUAAUAUAUUUUUCAUUGCGUGUUUUUUUUUUUUUUUCAAAUGGAGAAAAUAAUAAAGUCGUCUCGUCACAGUACUCAUCUCAAAACAAAACAAAAAAUUGUGAAAACCUUUUGUUGGAGGUUAAUGUUCACCUUUUUUUAAAAAAUCUCUGCCUCUCUUAAUUUAAUCCAUGCAUUAAGUUCAAAAUUUACCAACAAAAGAUAAUAAUAAUUAAACUAAUAAUAAUAAUGGAUAUACGUGUAAAAUUCCUUGAAAUUUCUUUAUUAUGUGUGUGUGUGUGUGUGUAAUCAUCCCCCUCCCAUCAUAAUUGAAUUUUUUUUCUGUUUUUGUUUCCUUUUUUUUAAAUCUCUCAAUACAUUUAUUGUCCCAUGUUGCA